AUGCGUGACACACCCUCCAAGUUCAUCGAGAUGCUCGAUCCCAAGGACUCAUCCCUACGCAUGUCCGACUCCGACGUCCGUCUUGAGGAUGUCCUUGCCGACCACGAAGCAACCAUCAACAACCGGGCCCGUUCCUCCACACAGUCCUCUACAAAACCAGACAAAUCCUUGGCUCGUAGGAACUCAACAUCCCCGACGCCGCGCUGGAAACGUCUGAGUAAUAUUCUCGCGCAACCCCGCCGGAACUCCUAA